UGCGGGGGUGCGUCGUGCGCCGAGCUGCGUUGCGGGCGGCGGCGGCGGCGGCAGCUGGAGCGGAGCUGGAACGGCGUGAGCGCGGGCGGCAGCUGUGCUCUGGAGCUUCUGGCGGCAACAUGGAAGUGGCGGCAGGGGGCGAGGACGGCGAAGAGCCCCCGCGGGAGGCCCGCGUCUUGGGUUCCGAGCUUGUGGACACCUACACGGUGUACAUUAUUCAGGUCAGCGUUGGCAAUCAUCAGUGGACAGUCAAACAUCGCUACAGUGAUUUCCAUGACCUGCAUGAAAAGCUUGUAUCAGAAAAGAAAAUAGAUAAAAAUCUGUUACCUCCUAAGAAGAUUAUUGGAAAAAAUUCCAAAAGCCUGGUGGAGAAAAGACAAAAGGAAUUGGAGAUCUACCUGCAAACUCUGCUCAUCAAAUUCCCUGUCACUGCUCCAAAAAUUUUGUCACACUUUCUACACUUCCAUUUAUAUGAGAUCAACGGCAUCACUGCUGCUUUGGCUGAAGAGCUUUUCCACAAAGGGGAGCAGCUGUUAAUGGCUGGAGAAGUCUUCACUAUCAGACCCUUGCAGCUAUAUGCUGUCACUCAGCAGUUGCUACAGGGGAAGCCUACAUGUGCUAAUGGAGAUGCCAAGACAGAUCUAGGUCACAUUCUGGAUUUCACUUGUAGACUUAAGUAUUUGAAGGUGACGGGAACAGGAGGACCUUUUGGAACCAGUAACAUUCAGGAGCAUCUCUUGCCUUUUGACCUCUCGAUUUUCAAAUCACUUCAGCAAAUUGAGAUCAGUCACUGUGGGGGAAAGCUUAUCAAGGGACUGACUUCAUCAAAGCAUGCUCUGGCCACAAUGAGUGUUCGCUUUUCGGCAACAUCGAUGAAGGAAAUCCUGGUGCCUGAGGCCUCUGAAUUUGAUCAGUGGGAGCCAGAGGGUGCAACUUCGAGUUGUCCAGUGACAGCAGUUAUCCCAACUUGGAGAACUUUAACAACUUUGGAUAUGAGUCACAAUAGCAUCUCUCAAAUUGAUGAUUCAGUGAAACUAAUUCCAAAGAUUGAAUUCCUGGAUUUGAGUCACAAUGGGGUGUCUCUAGUAGAAAACUUACAGCAUCUCUACAACCUUGUUCACCUGGACUUGUCCUACAACAAGCUUACAUCACUAGAAGGUGUUCACACAAAACUGGGAAACAUCAAAACUCUGAAUUUAGCAGGAAAUCAGCUGGAAAGGCUGUCUGGUCUCAACAAACUGUACUCGUUAGUCAACUUGGAUCUGAGCAACAACAAAAUAGAUCAGAUUGAAGAAGUGAAAAACAUAGGAAACCUGCCAUGCUUGGAAAAGGUGGUCUUGUCCAGCAACCCGCUGAGCAUCAUCCCUGACUACCGCACCAAAGUGCUUGCUCAGUUUGGGGACAGGGCCUCAGAGGUCUGUUUGGAUAAUAUUGUUACCACAGAAAAGGAACUAGACACUGUGGAAGUGUUAAAAGCUAUUCAGAAAGCAAAGGAGGUGAAAUACAAACUGAGCAGCUCUGAUAAAAAGAUCAGUGAGGACUCCAGGCUCACUGCUGCCAGCUCCAAAUCAAACUGUUCUUCUCUUACUGUUCGUCCUUCUUCUCCCUCUCUGCCUGGUCCUGUCAGCUCCAGCCAAGAAAUAAUUUGUGAAGAAACAGUCCUAGCCAGCAGUCUUUUGCAAUCCAGUGGUUCGACUCCUACAGACCAUACAGUUCCCCAGAGAUGCUUUGAAACACCAGACUCCAGAUGUAAAAAUCAACCUCCUGCCUCUCUAUUGGAUUCAUUCAAAGAGCAUGGAAAUUGUCAUCACAGAUGUUCGGAUCGCUCAGAGGAAGAACACUGUGCGGUGCCUGACCUCUGGAACACCAUCAUCUUGCCUUCCAAUUGUAUGUCAUACACUGCCACAAACCAAGAUUUUAUCCAGCACCUUUCUGCCUCGAUUGUGCAGGCUGUGCAGAGAUCAACCUCCUCCUUUACAGAGAGCAAAGGAAGCCCUCCAGGUGAUUCCGGAACCACGGACAAAGAAGAUGGAUAUUUUGAGAUGGGACUUCAUGAAGGAGAUCAGACUUUUGAGUUUAGCACUACUUCUGAUACUUGGUCAUCUGACGACAUAGCAAUGGAGAGUGUUGACAUAGCCAAAAUGCUCUGGAGUUUUUCUAUCCACAUUCAUAAAGGACUCAGGCAGUUUGCUUCCUGUUUAGUCUUGACCAAUGAUAUGCUUGCCGUGUUCGAGAUUCCUCAUCAGGAACUGAGAGGAAAUUGCCAGCAUCUCCCUUCUGCCUUGAAAUUAGUGCUGUGUUUUCCAUACACUGAUCUGACAGAAUUUGGCUUUCUCCUGCCAGAAAUCUGUUUAACACUGAAGCUGAAAACCAGUGACAGCUGUUUGUUUAUUAUUUCAGACUCACAGAAUCUUCAAGACUUUUAUUCCUGUUUACACACACGUUGCUCUCAACACUACACAUCAGUGUUACCAAGCUCCACACUGUACUGUGGAAAAGCAAACCUCCAGGAGUUUCUCUGUAAGCUUAUGGAAUGGCAUUGCAUUUCAGCUGAAGAUAUUGAAAUAAAAGGGUAUUUCCCAACAUACCUUGUUUGUGGGAAUAAAAGCAACAUUCAGAAGACCUUGCAUCAAACAGAGUCAGCUGGCAAUAGCAAAGAUGGGUCAAAAAAUGUUUUGUGUUCUGCACUUUAUUCUUCAAUGUAUAGAUCUUCUGAUCAGAAUGCCUGUGUGGUCCAUCCCUGUUGGAUAUUUCUAACAGCCCAGCAUUUUUAUCUACUAAAAGUGGAUUUCAGUUUAGUGCCAGGCAAAUGGAUAGGCACAGAAGAGUUGGAAAGUGUGUUUAAGCUGAGCAGAAUUCCGUUGGCAUCACUCGUGUUGCAUCCAACUCACAGCUGCCCCCAGCAGAAAGAUUCCUUUCUGGAUGGGCAUGUGCUGGAGUUACUUGUUGGAUACAGAUGUAUUACAGCAGUGUUUGUUCUACCUCAUGAGAAAUUCCACUUCCUAAGAAUCUACAGCCUCUUAAGGACACUCCUGCAGGAUGUUAAGACUAUUAUUAUUAUCAAAGCUUCAAGCAAAUCAGAUGCUGUAAGAAAUCACAUUGUGGAGACAAGCAGACAUGGUCAGUCAUCAAGCUUUUGCAAGCCUCAUCUGACGCUGUCAUCUUUAUAUCCAUCUGAAAUUCUUGUGCAGAAGAUAACAGAGGAUAACCAGAUUCCUCUUCACCUUCAUGUGUCUGUGUCUCUGCAGUAUGUGGCUGGGCUGAAAGGAAAUGCCCUAGUUGAGUUUUUCCAUGGCAACAUUGCUGAGGUAGAAAAUGAAGAGCUGAGACAUCUCAUGUGGUCUUCGAUCCUGUUUUACAAGACUCCCAACGUUGAAGUGAUGGCUUGUGUGCUUCUCUCAACAAAAGCUAUUUACUUUCUAUUGGAUGAUUCUUUCAUUCAUGCUGAUGAGCAGCAGUCAGAAUUCUGGACCAAGGAAAAUGGGGAUUGUGACAACAGCUCUUUCCACCUCUCUUGCUGCUUUGUGCUAAAACUGAAUGACCUGCAGUCAGUAAAUGUUGGCCUGUUUGACCAAUACUUCAGAAUUGCUGGACACUCUGCAGAUCGUAUAGUCACCUGUCUGACAAGAGACAGCUACAACACUCACACUUUCAUACAGCAGCUGAUGGCAGUCCUGUCACUGCUUGCACGCACACCUUCACCUGAACCAGUAGACAAAGACUUCUACUCCGAAUUUGGGAGUAAAAACACAGGAAAAAUGGAGAAUUAUGAACUGAUUCACUCCAGCAGAGUAAAGUUUAUUUACCCAAAUGAAGAGGAAAUUGGAGACCUUGCUUUUCUAGUGGCAGAGAAGAUGGAUUGUUUGACUGACCUUCAAUCCCUCAAUAUCCUUCUGUAUGUGUUGGCAUUCCAGGUGAAUCAUACUGAGGGAUCUGCCCCAAACACUAGCUCUCUUCAGCCUAAAACACUGAUACUGACCAGCUCGGACUUGUUCCUCUUCAAUGAGGAUUACAUCAGUUACCCACUGCCUGACUUUGCUAAGGAGCCACCACAGAGGGACAAAUAUCAGCUGGCAGAUGGGAGGCGAAUCCGCCACUUGGAUCGUGUGCUUAUGGGUUACCAGACCUACCCCCAGGCUCUCACCUUUGUGUUUGAUGAUGUUCAGAAUCAGGAUCUGAUGCAGAACUUAGCACUGGAUCACUUUGGAGAAACAAAUGGUGCUCCAAAGGGAAAUGCUAAACAAGAAGGCAGCAGAAGCAGAGAAAUACAGUGGUGCAUCUUUAUCCCCAGUGCAGAGAGCAGGGAGAAGUUAAUUUCCUUGCUUGCAAGACAGUGGGAGAUGCUGUGUGGCAGAGAGCUGCCUUUGGAACUCACAGGAUAGGUGGUGCCCAGAUGAGUGAUUUCAGAGUCUGCUGUAAAAUAAAGCACAGUGUUUAGAUAGCACCUGUCAGGUCGUGGUGGUUUGAAUCAGGAGAUGACCUGGACUCCCUUACUGCCUAGUGCAGUGAGCAUUUAGUAGUACAGAGAAAUAUUUUCAAGUGUUACCUGGGGACUGAACUGCUUGUAAAGUCUAUUUUUUAUGCAAUAGUACAUAGUGGAAAAAAAAAACCAGGAAGCAUCCUGGGAAACUGUAUGGAAUAAUUAAGGAGUCAACACUCGAUGUGCUGUCCUUUAGGGCUGUUGAGGUUUCCACUGUUGUUGUGUAUCUAUCAGCCUUGCUGUUCCAAACGAACUCUGAUGUGUACAUAAGGGUCACUGCUGGUGUGUGUCCAAGUGCCACGUUCUUUGUAUGACAAGUAUUUGGGUAUGCUGCUGAUGCUUAUUUCAUGACCUUACAGUUUGACACAUUUUUAUUUAAGGCCAAAUGUAAUUAUUUGCUGUCAGGCAUGGACAUAGCAGUAAAAUUGGAUAAAGAGGAGUUGCCUGCUCGAGGUCCGCUCAGUAUUGUCUUGAAAGUGGAAAUCCCCAACAUGGACAUAGGAGCAUUUUGCCAGCAGGUAAAAGAGUUUGUGUCUCUGAA